GGCGAGCUGGGAACCCACGUGUGUUCUGCGGAGCGUCUCCGGGCCUGGAAGCCGGCCCUGGAAUCUCACUCCCGGCCGAGGGCUUGGCGGCAUGGGUCGCUCCGGCAAGUUGCCCUCCGGUGCCUCGGCCAAGCUGAAACGCUGGAAGAAAGGACACAGCAGCGACAGCAACCCCGCCACCUGCCGCCACCGCCAGGCCGCCCGCAGCCGCUUCUUCAGCCGGCCCGCAGGAAAGAGCGACCUGACCGUCGAUGCUGUGAAGUUGCAUAAUGAGCUGCAAUCAGGGUCCUUGCGACUGGGCAAAAGCGAGGGGCCUGAGAUGGCCAUGGAUGAAGAGGUGGCACCGGCGCUCACCGAGCAGUCCUCGGGCACCUUCCUGAGCGGCCUCUCCGACUGCACAAACGUCACUUUCAGCAAAGUGCAGCGCUUCUGGGAGUCCAACUCUGCUGCCCAUAAGGAGAUCUGUGCUGUUCUGGCUGCCGUCACUGAGGUGAUUCGUUCCCAGGGCGGGAAGGAGACAGAGACUGAGUAUUUCGCUGCCCUGAUGACAACAAUGGAAGCCGUGGAGUCCCCAGAGUCCCUUGCUGCUGUCGCUUACCUGCUCAACCUUGUCCUGAAGCGCGUGCCCAGCCCCGUCCUCAUUAAGAAGUUCUCUGAUACUUCCAAAACCUUCAUGGAUAUCCUGUUAGCCCAGGCCAGCAGCGGCUCCACCUCUGCUGUCCGAUGGGUCCUCUCCUGCUUGGCCACCCUUCUGAGGAAGCAGGACCUAGAGGCCUGGAGCUACCCUGUGACCCUACAGGUGUAUCAUGGGCUACUGAGCUUCACGGUGCAUGCCAAGCCUAAGGUCCGGAAGGCUGCCCAGCAUGGCGUGUGCUCGGUUCUGAAGGGCAGUGAGUUCAUGUUCAGUGAAAAGGCCCCUGCCCACCAUCCUGCGGCUGUUUCCACUGCUAAGUUCUGCAUCCAGGAGAUGGAGAAGUCUGGAGGCUCCAAGGAGGCCACAACCAUGCUGCACAUGCUGACUCUGCUGAAGGACCUGCUGCCCUGCUUCCCCGAAGGCCUGGUGAAGAGCUGCAGUGAGACCCUGCUCAGGGUCAUGACCUUGAGCCAUGUGCUGGUGACCGCCUGUGCCAUGCAGGCCUUUCACAGCCUCUUCCAUGCCAAGCCUGGCCAGGACACCCUGUCAGCAGAGCUCAAUGCCCAGAUCAUCACGGCCUUGUAUGACUACGUGCCCAGCGAGAAUGACUUACAACCCCUGCUGGCCUGGCUUAAAGUCAUGGAGAAAGCCCACAUCAACCUGGUCAGGCUGCAGCGGGACCUGGGACUGGGUCACCUCCCACGCUUUUUUGGAACUGCGACAACCUGCCUACUCUCCCCCCAUUCGCAGGUGGUUACAGCUGCCACCCAAAGCCUCCAGGAGAUUCUGAAAGAAAGUGUGGCUCCCCACAUGACCGACAUCGGCUCUGUGACCUCCUCAACCUCAGGCCCUGCCCAGUAUGUCGCCAAGAUGUUCAGGGCCGUGGAGGAGGGCCUGACCUACAAAUUCCAUGCAGCGUGGAGCUCCGUGCUACAGCUGCUAUAUGUCUUCUUCGAGGCGUGUGGGAGGCAGGCUCAUCCUGUGAUGAAAAAGUGUCUCCAGUCCCUCUGUGACCUGCGCCUCUCCCCCCACUUCCCCCACACAGCAGCUCUGGACCAGGCGGUGGGGGCUGCUGUGGCUAGCAUGGGACCUGAGGUGGUUUUACAGGCUGUGCCUUUGGAGAUCGAUGGCUCUGAAGAGACCCUGGAUUUCCCACGGAGCUGGCUGUUGCCCGUCAUCCGGGACCACGUCCAGGAAACUCGACUUGGUUUCUUCACCACCUACUUCUUACCCCUGGCUACCACCCUGAAGAACAAAGCAAUGAGCCUGGCCCAGGCGGGCAGCACGGUAGAGUCCAAGAUCUACGACACGCUCCAGUGGCAGAUCUGGACCCUCCUGCCUGGGUUCUGCACGAGGCCCACGGAUGUGGCCGCCUCCUUCAAAGGGCUGGCUCGAACACUGGGCACAGCCAUCAGCGAGCGCCCAGACCUGAGGGUCACUGUGUGCCAGGCCCUGCGCACUCUCAUCGUCAAGGGCUGUGAGGCAGAGGCUGACCGUGCUGAAGUGAGCCGCUUUGCCAAGAACUUUCUGCCCAUCCUCUUCAACCUGUAUGGGCAGCCUGUGGCAGCCGGGGACACCCCAGCCCCUUGCCGGGCCGUGCUGGAGACCAUCAAAACUUACCUCACCAUUACUGACACCCAGCUGGUGAAUGGUUUCCUGGAGAAGGCCAGUGAGAAGGUGCUGGACCCGACUGGCUCAGACUCCACCAGACUGUCUGUCCUGGACCUGGUUGUGGCUUUGGCUCCUCAUGCUGACGAGGCCGCCAUCAGCAAGCUGUACUCCACCAUCCGCCCUUACCUAGAGAGCAAGGCUCAUGGGGUACAAAAGAAGGCCUACCGUGUGCUUGAGGAGGUGUGUGCCAGCCCUCAGGGCCCUGGGGCCCGCUUCGUACAGAACAACCUGGAUGACUUGAAGAAGACCCUGCUGGACUCGCUACGGAGCACUUCCUCGCCUGCCAAGAGGCCCCGUUUGAAGUGCCUCGUACAUAUUGUGAAGAAGCUCUCAGCUGAGCACGAGGACUUCAUCGCAGCCCUUGUCCCAGAGGUGAUCCUGUGCACCAAGGAGGUAUCAGUGGGUGCGCGGAAGAAUGCCUUCAGCCUCCUCGUGGAGAUGGGCCAUGCUUUCCUUCGGUUUGGUCCGAACCAGGAAGAGGCUCUGGAGCGCUACCUCGUCCUGAUCUACCCUGGCCUUGUGGGUGCUGUGACCAUGGUCAGCUGUAGCAUCCUGGCUCUGACCCACCUCCUUUUCGAGUUUAAAGGUCUGAUGGGCACCAGCACAGUGGAGCAGCUGCUGCAGAACGUGUGCCUGCUCCUGGCCUCCCGCACCCGUGACGUGGUCAAAUCAGCUCUGGGCUUCAUCAAGGUGGCGGUGGUCAUCAUGGAUGUGACACACCUGGCCAAGCACGUGCAACUGGUGAUGGAGGCCAUUGGGAAGCUUUCUGACGACAUGCGUCGGCACUUCCGCAUGAAGCUCCGGAACCUGUUCACCAAGUUCAUCCGCAAGUUUGGGUUCGAGCUGGUGAAGGGGCUGCUGCCCGAGGAGUACCACAAGGUGCUGGUGAACAUCCGGAAGGCCGAGGCCCGGGCCAAGCGGCACCGCGCCCUGAACCAGGCUGCCAUGGAGGAGGAGGACGAAGAGGAAGAGGAGGAGCCCGCCCAGGGGGGCAGAGGCGACAGCAUCGAGGAGAUUCUGGCCGACUCUGAAGACGAGGACGAGGAGGAGUCGGAAAGGAGCCGGGGCCGGGAGCAGCGGAAGCUGGACCGGCAGAGGAGCCGGGCGUGGCUGAAGGAGGGCGGUGGGGACGAGCCGCUCAACUUCCUGGACCCCAAGGUGGCCCAGCGAGUCCUGGCCACACAGCCGGGGCCGGGCCGCGGCAAAAAGAGGGACCACGGCUUCAAGGUGAGCACUGACGGCCGGCUGAUUAUCCGGGAGGAGGAAGACCAGGACGAGGCCGCCGGGAUGGAGGACGACGACGGCAGUAAAGGGGAGGAUGACGAGAUGGCUGAGCUGAUGGAAGACAUGGGCGUCAAGAGUAAAAAGCACCAGAAACUUAAGCAUCACAAAGUAGCCGACGAUGAAGAACUGGAGAUGCCCCCCCAGUACCAAGCUGGAGGCUCUGGCAUCCACCGCCCUGUGGCCAAGAAGGUUACUCCUGGAGCUGAAUACAAGGCCAAGAAAGCAAGAGGGGACAUGAAGAAGAAAGGUCGGCUUGACCCCUACGCCUACAUCCCGCUCAAUAGGACCAAGCUGAACCGCAGGAAGAAGGUCAAGAUGCAGGGACAGUUCAAAGGCCUGGUGAAAGCCGCCCAGCGGGGUUCCCAGGUGGGACACAAACUCCGCAGAAAGGAUCGUCGGCCCUGAGGCCCCUUUUCAGCUCCCAGCUGCCUUGACACCAGUUUGAUACUCAAGGCUCCAUCAGAACCUGAACUUGGAAUGACUUGUUGGUACCAGGGCUUGGCUCCCAGGAUUCCAGAAGCUUCAAAUGGGAACUGCCCUUUAGAGACAUCUUCAGGUCCUGGGAAUGUGAAUGCAGCCUCUGCGUCUCUGGGAAGGCCAGCAAGGCGGCUGUGCGCUCCACCCGGGGGACUGUGCGCAGUGGUCUUCUGGCUCCAGGGUGGACAGUCUUCCAUGGCCUCCAGCUGCUGGGGCCCCAUGGCACUCAGCCUGCCUGUGACCUGGGUGUGUGAGAUUUGCCGUGAGCAGACUAGAAUAAACAUGCGCUAGCAUACAGUGGCCCAAGAAACACUGUUUUAUCACCCACCCCCUCCAGGGACGAGAAUAGUGUCCGGUCAUUGACACCAUUGACCCCUUCCUGUCCAGUCCUUGCACCCAGUCUGGAACCUAGCAUGGUAGCCCUAAGGCAGGCCUUGGAACUUGCCUACAGAACCCACCUCUGCCAGGAGGGAUCCCCAGCUUCAUUUUACAGUCCCAGUCAAAGGAUGGUGUUUGGGAGGUGAAGUGGGGCAGAGAGCCUCAGGAACUGAGUAGAAAGAAGAGAUGCUGAGAGCUGCAGCCUGGGCUGCCCCUCAACACAACAUCCUCCCCUGAAGCUUUGUGCAUUCAUUCAAGUAUCACCCUGGUUACUCCCUUCCUGCUUCCUAUUCUCCUUUUCCCAAUCAAUUUGUGGUGCAAAGAACUGCCCGCUGUCCAGCUUUGUAGGUCUGGAGCAGAGAAGGGAGUGGUGCCUAUGGACCUCCCGUUCCUUCUAAGGCCACUUGUCCCAUUGGCUUAGGAUACCCCUUGGGUGUGCUUUCCCCGAAGGGUCCAGAAGCAGAGAACGGUAGGGUUAUCCCCAUCUGAGAUAAAAACACGUGCGCAUGCAUGCCUUCAUCGUUCCAUUUUAUUUUAGUGCUCUUGGCUCUGAUAAUGCUCUCAGGAGGCCUGUGAAUCUUCCCACUCAUCCUUUGAUUUGAUCCAUUGCCCCCCCAAAUUAGGACAUUUCCUCCCUAUGUUGUUGCUCUAGGACCCUGAGAAGCACACACUUCACCCAGAGGUGGCGCUGUUUACUUGUCAUGUUUGCAGAAGAGGCAGCUAUUAGAGAUUUGCAAAGGUGGUCUGUGACCCCUGUCAGUACGUUGAUGGACACAAGGUGGAUCAGCUUAAUCCUAAAUCCAUCCUCUGAAAUGUAACCCCAUUACAUUACAUGAAGGAAGCCUCAUGUAAAGUAGCUACAGGUAUGAGCCAAUUGCCCAGUAUUGAUGUCUUUUUGAAAAGUUUGAAGCCAACUUGUUUAUUACAGUGUUUUCUACGGAGCUUCAUUUCUUUUCAAAGGUGGGAGUUGGCAGGUUAUCUUGAAAAGUGGAUGUUGGUGAGCUGCUGAACUCCAUAUUCUUUUGGAAAUAGACGUAAAAUGUACAUGAUCUGAUGCAGAGGCAAGAAUUAAUCUGCCCUAGAAACUUCAGGUGCUUGAAACAUGUUCUGAAAGUCAGCACUGUUUUAUUUCAAGGCUCAUUCCAUUUCAGAGCAACUAGCAAGGUUGAGGAUCGCCACUAAGGUCCAGGUUCACUCCUUUAACUUCAUGUUGCUUUUGGCAAUGUCAGAACCUGAGUCUUUGGGCUUUUUUUUUUUUUUUUUUUUUUCCUGCAGUCCAUUCUCUACUCAUUCACAGGAACAGAAGACAAUGUACCCUCCUGACUGCACCAGAACUAACACCAUUGUGUUGGCCAGGGACAUGGGCACGUCGGGGGUUUACACAAGCCGUCAGCUCUGAUCCUCCAUUGUGACAUUUGGGUUAAACCAACCCUGUGCCUUCUCAGGAAAUGUAGCUUCUCAUGAUUUUGGCAGCAGGCCUGGUGGUGACUGGCCUCACAGGUCAUUCCAGGCAGUGACUGUCUUAUUUGCAAGCCUGCCUCAGUUGCACAUGCUCACUCAUGUUUUCUCGGUAUUGUUUGCAACACAUGAGAAAAUUACU